UGUUCCUAGCGUGAGCAUAGUACCACCCAAAAUACUGUAGAGUAAUUCAUAUACGUAUGUGGAUUCACUGAAUGGGCAUUGAGUGUUUGGGUGAUACUCUGCGAAAUUUAGCGAUGAACUCCCAACCAUGUUGAAUGAGUGGUGUUGGACAUUCAGUCUUUUCCCACAUCAGAUUUUACAGGAACGUAUCAUGGUCUACAUGGGCAUGUGAUGUGGAUGGAAUCCAAUUAUCUUCUUGCGAGUAAAGGAGGGCAGAAGGUGUUGACUCGAAAUCGUUGCAGAGAGUAUCAUAGUAGGGACUUAUGAAGGAAGGACAGGUGAAGACCUGGGGGUUGUUGAGCUGACAACAUCAUGUGAGUGGAAGAUUACAGGGUGUUCGUCGACCUCGUCAUUCAUGCACGGCUUCAGCAUAUGUCCUAGGCUUAAAUCUACCAUAUGCCAACACCGGAUUACCUUUCUAUCAUCUGAUGGAGCAGAUAGAGAGUGCCGUCAGGGAGCAAAGGUUGCGCAGCGAACAACUACAGCAUCUUCUCCGACCGAACACUUGGGAAAAACUCAGUGCAGCAGGACUAUACGCCGCAAGUUUGUGGAAGCUGUCCCAGGAGAUGUUGGAAGAGAAAGCAAAGCACCUCGAGAGAAACUUGGGGAAACAGAAGGUUCACUAGAUUGACCAGUAAACUUCUUGUCAAAUCGGCGGCCGUCUUGGUGACAAUGAAAAUGAGUAACUAGUCGAUCUGUCUUUAGAGCCGUCUCCUACGUUUCUUGCUGGUGGUUUAUCUCAACACCAACUGUAACAAAAUAAUGGUCUCUCUUCAUAGUUUGGGAGGUCAGUUUUUCCAGCUCAAGGCGCUGAGAGCACGCUGGAGUGUUUUGGGCUCUGUCAGAAGAAUGAGAGAUCAAACGCCAAAGGUUGACAACUCGAUAGAAAUGUAUCACUAUCAAUAAAACGGUGUGAUUCUAGACGGUUAACUGGAGGGAUCUUUCUGAUGGGAAAAUUUCCUACCAUCAAUAAUAAACUACAAACCGAAGAUGUUCCGUGCAUCUCACCAUCAUUCGACUUCAUUUUCUCUUUGUGUCUCAACUCCGAUAUUACUUCAUCAAGUGCUACUCCAUCGGUCGAUGUCGCUGAGUGGUUGCUGGGGACGGUUGUGGCGGGCCUGGGGACUUGCCACAACUGCUAACGGCACUGACUGUUCGAAAAUCACGCACGAGCAACCCUCUGCGUUGUUUUCAUGACUUGCGCACCCUGGAAAAAUUUUCAGCAGAACCCUCGAUUCUGCUCCGGCAGUCCCUGCGAAGGAGAGCCUACGCUCUCUUUGCAAGCAAGCAAG